AUGCCUGCUGAGCGGGUGCGGCACGCGAAACGGCUAGGUCACGUCCAGCCUGUAAACGACCCAUAUGCGUCUCCUCUCGUGUUUGCCAAAGAUGCUACCACAAACUCUACUACCACCACUAGUCAAAGUGCUACCCUCACAACCACUUCUACGACAUCUACCACACCUGUUGCAGUGAGCUCGACAGCGAAGACUAGUUCUUCACAGUCAUCUGUACCUACGAGUUCUUCUGCCUCCUCGCAGACGUUGACGUCUUCAGCUUCUUUGCACUCCACUCUCAUUUCACCCUCAGCCACCGUGCCCACGAACGGCCCCGUUGACACGGGCACGGGACUAACUACUAGUCCUUCGCAUACCACGUCUCAAUCUGUGGUGAUCGUUACUACCACUUCAAGCGCAUCCUCUACAGCUAUCAACAAUGUCAGUAGCGCGUCAAGCCAGACACUCUCUAGCGGCGCACUUGGUGGUAUAAUUGCGGCCUCCGUAGUUGUCGCCCUGGCUCUGGUCAUAUUCAUCAUUCGGAAGACGUAUCUCCGUCGCAGGCAGAACCGUCGCCUCUCUUGGCCCGCUGGUAAUAUCUUCAACGAGACCAAGCCGCUUCCUGCAGCUCCCGUUGAUGAUUUCUCUGAAAAACCUGCUUCGCUGAGGAAUUCACCAAUGUCACCUUUUGAAGCACAUGGACACUCGCAAUAUCAGACCCCCCUGCAGCCUCCAAUCCAGAGGAUGCAGAGUCCAUUCACGGGGUAUGCGGGCCCAGCCCCGCCUCCCGCUUCGUAUAACAAUCCGAUGAACAUGUAUUCCCAAGCACCACCACCACCCUCUCUAAGCCCCGGAGACUCUGCUGUUGCCAUGGCACGCACAGCAGUAGAAGCCCACUCGUAUUCUCCACCUGCCCCUGCUGCAACGACUGCCACUGAGGCAGUUGUCAACCGCGUGUUUAUCCCUACGCUUCCUGACGAGCUCUCAGUCACAGCGGGCGAGCGUAUUCGUGUGCUUGCUCAGUAUGACGACGCGUGGGCACUCUGUGCGAAUGGGCGUGGUGAACAAGGCAUGGUUCCCCAGGAAUGCCUAGAUCGACUCGUCGCAUCUAAUCAGCCGGACUGGAGGAACGCUGGGCGUACCAGCAGUUUGGUUUCUGAUGGGAGACGUUAUUGA